UGUGCUCAUUCACGUUUUCAUCUUUUAUCGAAGACGAAGUACUUCGACUCUCGUUUCAAAUUCAAUCGUUUGGCUUAUGUUUAAAAUAAUUUUACUUUAUAUGUUUUUCUUGAUUUUAAAAAUUAACAUUUAAAUCAAAUCUUGCUAUUUUUGUUACAGUUUUAUAACUAAACACAUUAUCUUUUUAUACUUUAUUCGUCUUAUCGGAAGUAGUUGCAUUUAUAGACAUGAACAAAGGUGGAGCAAAUACGUUUAUACCUGCAUUUUAUGCAGGUCGUAGCAUUUUAAUUUCGGGCGGUACAGGAUUUAUAGGCAAAGCGCUAUGUGAAAAGUUACUGCGAUCUUGUCCCGAUGUUGGUGAAAUUUUUGUUUUGAUCAGACCGAAGAAGGGACUGAACAUAAACGAAAGACUGAAAAAAAUGUUGGAUAACAAGCUUUUUGACGUUUUGCGAAGUGAGCGACCAUCUGCUUUUAAUAAAUUAAUUCCAAUUCACGGUGAUGUAAGUCUUGAGGGCUUAGGAUUGCAACCGAUCGAUAGAGAAAUGUUGAUCGAAAGAGUGUCUAUAAUUUUUCAUGUCGCGGCUUCUGUUCGAUUUGAUGAAAGUUUACGUGAAGCUGUUUUCAACAACACUAGGUCAACGCGGGAUAUUUGCAUUUUAGCAGAAAAAAUGAAAAAACUUGUAGUUUUCCUACACGUCAGUUCUACGUAUACGCAAACAGACAAGCCAGUGGUUGAUGAGACACUUUAUCCAUCAGAUUUGGAUUGGAGAGAAGUGAUUAACGUCGCCGAACAUUUUGACGAGCAUAUUUUGAAAACGUUUACAGCAAAAUAUCUGGGAACGAUGCCAAACACGUAUACUUUCACAAAAAGAUUGGCGGAGCAAGUUGUAAGCGACUAUUCAAAGUCAUUGCCUUGCGUCAUCGUUCGCCCAUCCAUAGUUAUCUCUACGGCAUUUGAUCCAGUAAAAGGCUGGCUAGACAAUUUUAACGGUCCUGUUGGAAUGUUGGUUGGCGGCGGCAAAGGUAUUCUUCGUGUUGUGUUUAUCGAUCCUAUCGUUACAUCGGAUUUUAUGCCUGUUGACGUGGCCAUUAAGACAAUGUUAAUAGUGGCGUGGAAACGUGGAAUCAAAACCUUCACCGAAGACAAUACAAUUCAUGUUUAUAACUGUUCGGGACAUGAUGUAAAAGGGAUAAACAUGAAGCAUCUGAUUGAACUGGGAUUUAAACUCGCUGAAGAAGUACCUUUGGACAAUAUUAUUUGGUCCCCAGGCAUAACUACAACUAAUAGCCGUUUGUUUUACUAUUUAGUUGUACUUAUUAUGCAUAUCUUGCCUGCACUUUUCAUAGACUCAAUCCUAAAAUUGUUCCGUGCACGUCCCAUGCUAUUAAAAUUGCAGAGGAAGGUCUAUUGCGCAAACAGUGCUCUAGCAUUUUUUUUGACGCAUGAAUGGCAAUUUACGAAUAGGAAAUUACAACAUUUCUUCGAUGAUCUGUCACCCGAGAAUAAUAAAGACUUCGGAUUUGACUACAGAAAUUUCAAUAUAGUGCAUUACUUUCGAAACAGCGUAAUCGGUGCAAAAAUUUACUUACUGAAUGAGGAUAUGAAUCACCUGGAAGCAGCGAAACUGCAUCGAAAGAGGAUGGAUUGGCUCAACAAAAUAACCAAAAUGUUGUUCGUUUUAAUUGUUUUAUUAAUUUUGUAUCGUAGGAAUGCGUUGUCUUAUAUUUGGAAUUUCUAAGGGAAUUAUCCCUUGCUGAACGAUAUUUUCGUAAUAACAAAUGCGGAGAUUAUUCUCGCAAUUUUCCGAAUAUGUAUAUCUUAAACUUACUUUAAUUAAGUCUGGCAGUGAAAAAAUUCACAGCUAUGUAGAUUUAAUAAUUUUCUUGCAAUAUAGUUUAUAUAUAUAAUAUACAGGUUUACACAAGAGGUUCGAGAUCAUAUACUAUAUACAAUAUAUAUAUAUAUAUA